AUGGACACAGAGAUCAACCCCGGACCUUCGGUGGCGUCACUGGAGAGAAAGCUGGUGACCCUGAGAGAGAUCACAAAGAUUCGGCGUCCUUGCAAGCUGUUCUUCCAGCGAAUGAUGAUAGUCACCGUGUCAGGUGGCUGGAGCGUUGUCCUUCGGAGCCGCAAAUUCAAAGUCGGGGACCAUAUCCUCUUUUUCGAGCCCGACAGCUUCAUUCCAAGCGAUACCGUCAACUUCGGCCGGGAGAUGCGCAGCUUUCUCACAGACUUCGACGGCGAGAGAGGCUAUCAUGUGCAACCACGCACGGUCUGCAAGUACAUGUCACAGGGUCACGUCAUGGCGAUUGAGGACUUCCGAUUGGUUCUUCAUAUCGUGAACAUGAUGAAGGAGGAGUACGGUCCGGAGGAGGGCCUUCGAGUCGCGUCCAUGAUGACCUUUGAGGGAGUCAUUGGAGUCAAGAAGUGGGAGGCUCCGAAUCAGGCAGACACCGCCUAA